AUGGCCGCAUCCGCCCUGUCUGUCUGCUCCAGCAACCUGAGCUAUGGCAACCGCGCCUGCCUGCCCGGCUCCAGUGACUCUUGCACCGACUCCUCCUGGCAGAUGGAUGACUGUCCAGAGAGCUGCUGUGAGCCCUCCUGCUGUGUCCCCAGCUGCUGCUGCCAGCCCUCCUGUUGCACCUCCUGCCCCUGCCAGCAGGCCUGCUGUGUGCCUGUCUGCUGCAAGCCCACUUGCUGCACACCUGUCUGCUGCACACCUGUCUGCUGCAAGCCGACCCUCCUCCUGCAUGUCCCUCAUCUGCCGCCCCGUGUGCAGGCCUGCCUGCUGCGUGCCCGCCUCCUCCUGCUGUGGCCCCGCCUCCUCCUGCCAACCCAGCUGUUGAUGCCCGUCCUCCUGCGUGUCCCUGCUCUGCCGCCCCCUGUGCUCCCGCCCGGCCUGCUGUGUCCCCGCCUCGGCCCAGACGUCCUGCUGCUGAGCCGGCAUGUCCCCCAGGACCAGCCUGGCUCAGGUCCCACCAAGUGA